AUGAUCAGGAGGAAUUACAGUUUGGCAGAUGAAAGGCGACAAUUUGAAAAGAAACAACAGGCCAAGGUACAACAACGGCAAAAGCGGGCCCAUCAACAAUCAAGAUUGGAGUCGGUUGAUCCAGUUAGGUUGUACUACCGGAUGAAAAGAUUAGAUCAAGAAGUGAAUGAAGAGAAUAAGAAUGGAGAAGCUACUAAGAAUGGGAAUCUGUACAAUAAUCGCAAAGGUGGUCCAGUGAACCUUCUCAAGUCAUUGAAAGAAGAUUGGGCGUACAUACUAAAGAAUGAACUUCACAAGACUCAAGUUGAUAGUUUAUUGGCUAAAGAAAAACAAAAGGAGGAUGCAGAGAAGGAAGCAGCAUCUAAAUUGUGGGGGAAACAGAGUGUUUACUUUAAUCCAGAAUUGAACCCAUUGGGGAAAGUUCCGACGGGACUAGGUAAUUUUACGAUACCAUUGCCUCUGAAAUCUAGAGUUAAGACACCUUACAAAGUUGAUCCUGAGAUUGAACGAUUAGGGGUUAUAUUACCCGAAGGCGAACCUCCAAGAUUCUAUAAAGAAGUUCAAAACUUUGGAGAAGAGGUAGAAAAUACUGUAACUGUCACAGGAGAGGAAACCAAUAAAGGUGGGCGAGGUCUGUUCAUCCCUUCGACCAUGCUUAGAGGUAAGAAACAACGACCAGACACAAAGCCAGCACCCCGUAUGGAUAUAGAAGAAGAUGAAGAUGACGGAGAAGAUUCAGAGUAUGGUAUUGAUGGAGAUCUCGCCCCCGAAGAAGAAGCAUGGAAGAGAAUGAAAUCAUAG